AUGCCCCAACUGAUACGUCAUCUUCCCCAUCAAGAAAAAGUAGCACUUAACACAUCGAUAGUGAGUAUUGCAAUGUUUACAGAUUUUGGAAAAGCCAGUAUCGCUUAUGGAGGCGGUUUCGUUGGUUUCAGCGCAGGAACAGCAGACAUAAGAGAAUUUAUUCCGAUUCGAUUCGAAGUCUACAUACAAACAGAUAUUUGA